AUGCUCGACACUCACGACGAACCUCAUCAAGUGCCUGUCCAUGGCAUCUAUUUUGACAAGGUCUGGAUAGUAGGAAAUGCCGGAUCAAAGGUGACAAAUGGGGACAUGAGGAUUAUCCGGAAAUAUGUGCGUGCCAGCCGCCUUUUUAUCCCCCGAGACGGAGCCAAGCAUAUGCCGGACUGUCUGCCAGUCGAGAUCCCCGUCCCAGAGAGCGCAACACCUGCAGUCUAUGUGGGCAUCUCGUGGGUCGCCAUCCAGCAUGUGUUUAUGCGGGACAAGACCAAGGUCAACAAGGUUUCUUUCGGGGGCAACACGGAAAGCUUCGACCUGAGGGCGGAGCCUUCCAACGUCGUGGCGGAGAUCAACACAAUCUUCCAUGAAGAAUGUACUUCAUAUGCGGACAACGGGGGGCUCUAUCAGUAUGCUCCUGCUAUACCUCGCGACUGUUUUUGGAACCCUUUCCAGAGAGGAAUUCUUGUUUCACUCACCGGAGAUGCCCAAACAAUUGGUCCCGUCUGGAAACAGAUGAAAGGCGUCGAGGCGGAGGUACCCUUCGAUCAAUCCUUAAAACUGUCAAGCCAGUCCUGGACCGAGCAUGUCCAGAAUUUGUCAAUAGCAAACGCCGCAAGCGAGGAGUUCCGUUCUCAUCUCGAGACGAGGAAUAAUAUGAGAGUUAAGUUGGCACUGCAAUUGGGAAAGAAGCUCAAGGACUUGGUCUACGAUAGGGAACAAGUGGUGUUCAAGUGGGAUGGCAUGAUCCACGUGAGUCUGCCAAACGAGGGCGACAUAGAACCGCUCACGACUGACGGCGCCGCAACACAGGAAAACACUGUCGAUUCCAAAGAGCCUCCCGUGUCACCCGAUGAGCCCAUCGACUCCAAGAAUUGA